AGGAAAGAAGAAAUGGGUUCCCGUGGAUCUGUCAAUGAUACUCAUCACAGGAUUCUGCAGUUUGGUGUGCAGCAGCUUCUGGAGUGAGCCUCUCAAAUCUCUACAGACCAAUGGAGACCAAGCUAGAUGCUCUGUAGCUGUAGUAAGAAGAAAGGCAGCAAGCUUGGUCCAAAAGAGUUCUGAGGAAGAUUUCUGAGGCAUGGAGCUUCCAUCAGGUUUGGAAGAAAGUAAAGUGAAUUCAAUGAUGCCACAACACAAAUAACGCCCAUGGACACCCACCAGCCAACUCCUUUCUGGCAGAAUUUUUAGAUUGUCAAGUAAUAUGUUGCCUUUGCAAGAGAACAAGAAACUAGUGCCCAAAAGACGGGUUCUUCAGUAUUUGGAUUAGACGUGUUUUCAAAACAAUGGCUUCAAAGGUCUCCUGCCUAUAUGUAUUGACCGUUGUGUGCUGGGCCAGCGCUCUCUGGUACUUGAGCAUAACAAGACCUACUUCAUCCUACACUGGCUCAAAGCCAUUCACUCACCUAACAGUUGCCAGGAAAAACUUCACCUUUGGCAACAUAAGAACUCGACCUAUAAACCCACAUUCUUUUGAAUUUCUUAUAAAUGAGCCCAACAAAUGUGAGAAAAACAUUCCUUUUCUUGUGAUCCUCAUUAGCACCACACACAAGGAAUUUGAUGCUCGCCAGGCAAUCCGGGAGACUUGGGGGGAUGAGAACAACUUCAAAGGGAUCAAGAUAGCCACGCUUUUCCUCCUGGGCAAAAAUGCUGAUCCUGUUCUGAACCAGAUGGUGGAGCAAGAGAGCCAGAUCUUCCAUGACAUCAUCGUGGAGGACUUCAUUGACUCCUACCACAACCUCACCCUCAAAACCUUAAUGGGGAUGAGAUGGGUUGCCACCUUCUGUUCAAAAGCCAAGUAUGUCAUGAAAACCGACAGUGACAUUUUUGUGAACAUGGACAACCUUAUUUAUAAACUCCUGAAACCCUCUACCAAGCCAAGAAGAAGGUAUUUCACUGGUUACGUCAUCAAUGGCGGGCCAAUCAGGGAUGUCCGCAGUAAGUGGUAUAUGCCUAGGGAUUUGUACCCUGACAGCAACUACCCACCAUUCUGUUCAGGGACUGGCUAUAUCUUUUCGGCUGAUGUGGCUGAACUCAUUUACAAGACCUCACUCCACACCAGGCUGCUUCACCUUGAAGAUGUGUAUGUGGGACUGUGUCUCCGAAAGCUUGGCAUACAUCCUUUCCAGAAUAGUGGCUUCAAUCACUGGAAAAUGGCCUACAGUUUGUGUAGGUACCGCCGUGUCAUCACCGUCCACCAGAUCUCUCCAGAAGAAAUGCACAGAAUCUGGAAUGACAUGUCGAGCAAGAAGCAUCUUAGAUGCUAGGACUUUUAUCAGUGUAAAUAACUUUCUUUUCUAAGAAAUGGGGCCUAAGGUGUUGGUAGUUACAGGUGUCAACAAGGGAACAUAAACUGGUAAGGGGUUUUGUAAAGGUUUUGCUUCCUGCUCCUAGUUCUUUCUCGGAUCAGUAUUUUACAAGUAUUGGGCUUGGCUAUAGAAACGGUGAGUGAGUUAGAAGGGCCAAAUUUCAUCCUCAGGUCCUAAGACAUUGCCAUUUAUUUCAAAAAGUGACUCUAAAUAACUGCCAGGAUUAGUGCACUGUGCAUCUGAGACAAAGAUCUGGGCUAGGAGAUAGAAACUCACAGUAAUGUCUUCAUACCAUCUCUGCAAACAUAAACAGUAAUUCUUUCUUUAAAAAAAAUCAAAGCAAGUCAGAAAAGAUAAAUGCUGUGCACUCUUGUCAUGUAGCAUUUCUACAUAAGAUGCCAUGGAUUAUGUACAAAAUUUGAGAUUCUACCAAUAAUUGAUCUUAUCCCUAGGGUAGGGAGAUUAUGACAGAAUAGAUGGAGAUGUAAACCUGAGAAUCAAUUAUUCUGUAUGUAUAGAAAACACCUCAGCAUGGACUCACAAGGGUUAAAUCUGGUCAGCAAGUGGGUUGUACAUAAAUGCUACUUUAAGUAAACAAAUACAUGGUUUUUUUUUCCCCCCAGAACAAAUAUUACAUGAUGCCACCAAGGAGACUGCCAAAUGUAGUACUCUGACCUGCUUCUUUCCAUGUUAUGCCUUUUAUAGUUUUUGGAUCAGGCAGGUGUGUGUCUCCAUGUGUAGAAAACACAUUGAUAGGAGGCCCAGAAAUCAUACAGAACAAUUGAUAAAAUGCAAAUUUAGGUAUCCAUUCUAAUUAGCAUAAGCUUGGCAAUAGUAUACAAUGCCCCUCUCACACAUUCGCAAAGCACAUGAAAAAAAAUCUUUAACAAGUACCAGUAUUAUUAAAAGAUGUGCCCCAGCUACCAGUAGAAGAAAUGCUCUCUUAAGUCUAAAACAUCCACAUAUGUUUAGUAGCAAAAGUGCUUUGAGAUGUUCUGGGGAUUCUGUGGCUGAGAUCCGUGGGAAGGAAGAAUGGGGAAGCCGAGUUCAGAUCCCAUUGUGCCACAAAUUUAUAUGGACCAUAAGAAGAGGCAUCUCAUUUUUUGAUGUGUUUCUAUAUGCUCACUUGUAAAAUGGCUGAAAAGAAAAAUCUACCUCACAGGUACUGUGAGAGCAAAUCAAUCACAUCUGCUAAUAAGUAUUUUGAUAUCUUUAGUUUAAAAGGUGCUACGUAAUGCCAUGUAUCAUGCAGUACGCUAAAUGCUAAAAUGAUCACAGUAAUUAUAAAGAUGGCGAUCUGUUAUGGCAACAUCAUCUCAAUAUGACAAUUUACCAAAAUAAAGAUUGACUGUGAACUACCAGUGUACCUAAUUCUUCCAAGACUUGAUGUUUCCUUGGCUAUAAGUUAGCUGAUUGGGGAAACUUCAGUUUCUCCACCAUGGUCUCUCAUUUUGGUGAUGAAUUUAUCAUCACUUCAAUGUGUUGCCUUGGCAUCCCAGGAUGUUUAAAACAAAAGAAUCCACUCUGCUUUGGGGAGGAGCAUUGCAUGGGUUUUGCAAAAAACACAACUUAAAUCGUAAGAAAUAUUUGCCCUGAAUUUUUAAAAUGCUUUAGAACAAAUAGAGCUAAUCUACUCCCUCAGAGGAUAAAAAGCACUCAGCAAUUCUCCACAGUUGCACAUCCACCAUUGAUGCACCACCCAUUGUUUAAAAAAAAACGUUGCUCAUUUGAGCUAUUUUCUUUGCACCUUAGCCUCAGCAAAACCCCCAUAGAAGCUGAUAGUUAUGGAGAGACAAAGGAGUAAACAGAGUCCUGUAAUCAUGUAAUCCCUUGCUGGGAAAAAUUUAAUAUCUCAUUACCCCCAUAGUACUAAGUGAUAUAGGACUGUCCCAUCCUUUAAUAUGAUGGUGUCAGGUGGCCUGGGAAAGGAUGAAACAGGACAAGGUAAGCCACCCUCCUACCUACCAUCUAACCUCAAACCCUCUGAGCUCCAAUGGCUGGGAAAGUCUCACACCCUCACGUCUCAUUGGCCUCCCAGCUGCACAGCUGAGUGCAGUCUCUGUCUCCUGCGAUGGCCUUGCGUCUAUCCCAUGCUCAGCCAAGCCACUUUUCAUGUCCAAAAUCUCACACAAUAAUAACCAUGUAUGUACAUCUAUGAAUUGCUUUAUAUGUAUGUGCAAAAUAUGUAUAGAGCCCUAAUCUUGAAAAGGAGCAAAAAAAAUCAGAAAAUCACAUGUCUUAAAGAACUGUUUCUUAACUUUUUUUAUGCUACAUAGUGCCCGUAUGACAAACAUGUAAAUAGACAUCCAAGAUUACAUGUACAUAUUUUAAAGGCGCUUUUCUUGUCACCUCAAUUGUACGUAUGGCUAGAAUCUGCUUGAUAUGUAACAUUUUCCUCUGCAUGGAACUUGAUGAGGCAAGGCCAUUUGUUCAGUAUCUCAAUACCCUUAAGCAUGUUCGUUCGCUAUGUGGGUUUUUUUGGAUGUUCAAAAAGAAUUGUUUAAUUUGUCAAGAAAAAUCUCUAAUUUUCUACUUUUCUUAAUUCUAUGACAAGAAGCUGGUCAAAUUAUUGUCAUGGUUAUUUAUUAAGCCAUUCUUAACAUUUGUUUAAGAAAAAUAUUUCAUAAUAAUGGCAGUAUUCUGGGGCUGGGAGUUAUCAUUCAGUGGUAAAGCAUUGCCUAGCAUGCAAAGGGCUCUGGGUUCAGUCCUCAGCCCUGCAAUAAUACAGUUAAAAUAACGACAGCCCUACUGUACCAGAAGUCACGCAAAUAAUUUUUCUAAACACUGUCUGGGUCCCCAUUAUUUCUCCAUUAUGUACUGGAUAACAUCAGCACCUGAUCUUAAAAGUUUCUUCAUGUAUUUCUUAGAGAAAAAAAAAAUGCUUUCUCUUUGGUGCCUCGUUUAUGUGGCAUUGCGUCCUCUUGGAGCAGUUUCAAUAUACAACAAUGUACUUUGAAAUAACCAGAUUCAAAACAUGAAGAUCGUUUUUGAUUUGAAUUAAAUAUGAAAGAACAAAACCCCUUGUGUGAUGAGAUACGGAGGGGAAACAAACUCUUUACAGAGAAGUCACGGAAGGAGUUUUUCAAUCAAAUUUCUUCUAACAAAAGACAAUGAGAUAUUUACGUACAGUGUGUGGACUUCAUUUUCUACCUUUCCUAAUACGUGCAUUCAAAGUGGGGAAUUGAUUGUAUCAUUUCUGUAAAGGUGAGAAUACUUUUUAUAAGCCACAGGUAACUUGUGAAUGAAAGAAGUAAUUCACUAGAGACGCUUGAUGAUAAUUGACAUUUAGGUAUAUUGUUAUAUAUGAAUGAUUGUAUUUAUGUAUUUAUUUGUUCAAAAUUGUACAUAUGGUUUUGCCAAAAGUAACUGUGUGUUAAAGUGCGCUCUCUGGGUCUGUAGUACUAUUUAGGGUUACAUGGGUUGCCAAUCAAGCUGCUAAUCAGAAUACUAUUUUUUUGUAUCAGUGUUACAACAUGUGACAAAUAGAUGACACUGUCUUUUCAUUCAUCUUCUUUCCCUUCCUCUUGAAAUGUAAACUGUUGGUUGAAAGCACGAUGCAAUUGUACAGGCCCAUCUGUCAAGAGGAAGAUCAUGGUUUCAUAAGACUGAUUUUUUUUAAACUCCUGGGACAAAUAAACGAAAGAAG